CAAACUCAGUUAUGAAAAAGCAGAAGCUGAGGAAGAUUGUCAUUCUGAUGCUGUCAGAGCAGAUGAUGAUGAUGAAAAUGAAAGUCCUGCGGAAACUGAUCUGCAGGCACAACUCCAGAUGUUUCGAGCUCAGUGGAUGUUUGAACUUGGCCCAGGUGUAGGCUCUAGCAAGUUAGAAAAUCGACCUUGCAGAGCAGCUAGAGUAUCUCUACUGAAAGCAGCAGCAGAUACCAAAGGAAAACAAGAACAGGCAAAAGAAGAAAAGGCUCGAGAACUCUUCCUAAAAGCAGUAGAAGAAGAACAAAAUGGAGCUCUUUAUGAAGCCAUCAAGUUUUAUCGUAGGGCUAUGCAACUUGUACCUGAUAUAGAGUUCAAGAUUACUUAUACCCGGUCUCCAGAUGGUGAUGGCGUUGGAAACAGCUACAUUGAAGAUAAUGAUGAUGAUAGCAAAAUGGCAGAUCUCUUGUCCUACUUCCAGCAGCAACUCACAUUUCAGGAGUCUGUGCUCAAACUGUGUCAGCCUGAGCUUGAGAGCAGUCAGACUCACAUAUCAGCGCUGCCAAUGGAGGUCCUGAUGUACAUCUUCCGAUGGGUGGUGUCUAGUGACUUGGACCUCAGAUCGUUAGAGCAGUUGUCGCUGGUGUGCAGGGGAUUCUACAUCUGUGCCAGAGAUCCUGAAAUUUGGCGUCUGGCCUGCUUGAAAGUUUGGGGCAGAAGCUGUAUUAAACUUGUUCCAUACACAUCCUGGAGAGAGAUGUUUUUAGAACGGCCUCGUGUUCGGUUUGAUGGAGUGUAUAUCAGUAAAACCACAUAUAUUCGUCAAGGGGAACAGUCUCUUGAUGGUUUCUAUAGAGCCUGGCACCAAGUGGAAUAUUACAGGUACAUAAGAUUCUUUCCUGAUGGCAGUGUGAUGAUGUUGACAACCCCUGAGGAGCCUCAGUCCAUUGUUCCUCGCUUAAGAACUAGGAAUACCAGAACUGAUGCAAUUCUACUGGGUCAUUAUCGCUUGUCACAAGAUACAGACAAUCAGACCAAAGUAUUUGCUGUAAUAACUAAGAAAAAAGAAGAAAAACCACUUGACUACAAAUACAGAUAUUUUCGUCGUGUCCCUGUACAAGAAGCAGAUCAGAGUUUUCAUGUGGGGCUACACCUGUGUUCCAGCGGUCACCAGAGGUUCAACAAACUCAUCUGGAUACAUCAUUCUUGUCACAUUACUUACAAAUCAACUGGUGAGACUGCAGUCAGUGCUUUUGAGAUUGACAAGAUGUACACCCCCUUGUUCUUUGCCAGAGUGAGGAGCUACACAGCUUUCUCAGAAAGGCCUCUUUAGAGCCUCAAGUCCAGUCCUCUGUCACUGUUGCAUGAGUAAAAGUAUAUAGCGCAAAAAAUCACCUAAGUUAUAAAUGUACAUAUAUAUAUUGAAUUGGAACUUAUUUUAAAUUGUUGGAGUUCUUUUAAGAAGAGUAUAAAUUGAUUAUUUUUUUUAUUUAAAGGGAUAGUUGAUUCUUGAGGUGUUUUGUUUUAAAAUUAAGAAGUUGAAUUAUAAGUUGUUUAAACAUAUUUAUGUUGUGAAAAACCUUAAUAUGAGGUUUAAAUCAUGUCCUUUUAAAGCAGAUUUAUGAGAUUUCUGUAACAUAAGCUGUUUUCUGCCUGAGCAUCCUAAUAUUUAAAUGCGUCAGAGGAGAGCACCACAGGAUAAGCAUUUUAUUUCCCGCAUGACAUAUUGCCUUUGCAGUAAAGGCUGAAAAUGUGAAAACCUGUUCUGGAUUUGACUGAAACUGUAUCAUCAAUAAAGGUAAACAUUUCUUUCAAGAAAAUA